CACCAUCUCUCUCCCUCUCGCGAUAAAUUCAAAACAUGAAUGCAAAAAAAGUUCCUCUCUAAUAUUUUUAUUUGGAAUUUUCUGAAAACUCCCUUGGAAACUGCAACAAAGUUUCCAAUUAGAUGAAAGCAAAGAGCUCUGGGGGCUUUGUUCGGUGAAGAAGGGAGUUAGAGAGUACUAUGGGGUGGUUCUCCUGCUUCAGUCCAUCUACUAAACAAGAUGAUCCAUCUGAGGAUCAUUAUAAAACGGCCAUCAAAAUAUUAAGGCAUGAAAAAGAAGAUAGCAUCGUACGUCAGAAAAGAGAAAAAGAUGAACUGGUUGCAAUAGAGAGAGCAACGGAAGAAAGCUUGAAGCAACUUGAGAAAGAGGAGGCAGAGAGAAGAUUACAAGAGUCAAAGGAGGAAAGCAAAAGAGAGAAAGUGGAUGACGAUGAUGAUGAUCAAGUGGAUACCGAACAGAAUGACAUGAAUAGGGCAACGGAAGAAAGCUUGAAGUCAUUUGAGAAAGAGGAGAAAAAGAGAAUUAGACUAGAAGAGUCAAAGGAGGAAGGCAAAAGAAAGCAAGUGGAGGAGGAUAAGGUACAAAUCAAGCAUUCCAAAGACGAAGAGGUGAAUCCUCCCUCCCCUCCAAUGAUAUGCAAUGGUUGCAAAUCUGAGAUCAAAGAUGGAUUACCUGUCAAUGCCUUUGGUGGUCUAUGGCAUCCUCAAUGUUUAUGUUGUCUUUAUUGCCACAAACCAAUAGCUGAGGACGAGAUUACAAAAAGGAGGAAAUUUCACAGACCUUGCUAUAGGGAGCACCUUUGUACCUGCUGUGUCUGCCAAAAGAAGAUUCCUUCAACAGAGGAAGGUAUACAGUUUUGUGAGCAUCCGUUCUGGAAGGAGAAGUACUGUCCGUGUCAUGAAGGUGAUGGAACAGCCAAGUGCUGUAGCUGUGAAAGAUUAGAGCCUAAGGGAACAAACUUUGUGAUGCUUGGUGAUGAUCGGUGGCUAUGUCUACAAUGUAUGGAAUCUUCGGUCAUGGAUACUGAUGAAUGCAUUGAUUUGCAUUUUGAAAUCCGUGAGUUCUUCGACGGUUUAUUCUUGACAAUUAAGAAAGAGUUUUCUGUUCUUCUGGUUGAGAAACAAGCCCUGAAUAAAGCUGAGCAAGAAGAGAAGAUUGUCUCUCAUCAUGCAGUGGUAACAAGAGGUCUUUGCUUGUCCGAAGUGCAAAAUGUCACAAGUGUAAAAGAGGGACCAAAGAUGGGACCAAACAACAAGCUAACCGACAUGGUUACAGAGACUCAAGUGGUGAGUGGAUGCCCGGUCACUGCAAUUCUCAUCAUAUACGGACUUCCUAGGUUGCUCACAGGAUAUAUCUUGGCUCACGAGAUGAUGCAUGCUUAUCUUAGACUCAAUGGAUGUAAUAAUCUGAACAACGUACUAGAAGAAGGAAUAUGCCAAGUGCUAGGGCACAUGUGGUUGGAGACUCAGAGAUACGACCCUAUUGAUGUUGCUGCAGCUUCUUCUUCAUCAAAUGCGUCAAAGAAAGGUGAGUGGUCUGAAUUCGAGAAGAAGCUGGUGCAGUCUAUGGUGAAGGGUUUAGGAAAGUUAACGAUAUGGUGUCAAAUUACAGCCUCCAGGAAACCCUCAAAGAGAUUCUUCCCCGCCGGGGUUGAAGAAGAAGAAGAUGAAUCAGCUCAUGUACGAAGCAUACCACAUAUAUAAAAUACGCACGUUUCGGCUUUUCCUUUUUUCUUCAUUGUUUAUGUUUUUCAGUAAAGCUUGUUUGGUGUGUGUAAAACAGUUUUUCUUCUUGGUAAAGUUGGAAACUUUAGAGUAUCUUGCUGGAGC